CUUCUAACUUCGAACGUUCCAGCUGGCACAUAGCCGAGAGUUUAUUUACCCUGCCAUUGUUCCACGACUCUGUCGUCACCGUCACCGUACUCAUGUCAACGCUCGUAACGCUUCUAACAUAAUCGGCACAGAUCCAAGCUCCAGCGACCCAAGCGACCGCAUAUACGCAGCACCCCACGUUUCUCUGAUUGCCCCAUGCAUUUUUGGGGCACGUCCUCGUGCACGCUCGCAUUCUCAGCGCUCGAUACUUUUGCCUUGUGUCAGCUUGCGAUCAAUUGUCUCUCAUCAACUUUCUAACCUCCAAAGGAAAACCACAAAGACUCCCCAAGCUCUCUCUUCAUCCCGGCGCUCCACUCCUCCGAGGCAGAUGAUGCAAGACAACAAUAGCACUUCCAACGCCUCAUCAUUCCGACUGACAUGUCAAUUAUGAGUUGCGGAACCACUGACCCGGACGGAUAGGCAGCGCCAACCUCACGGAUAUCUUCAGGGUGCCCGGUAGGCCCGGUAUGACCAAGGAUUCUCGAGUCAACUGCGUCGCUCGGCACACAGCCGCGUCGACUUGGAUCUCGAUUUCCUCUCGUCGCUCGGGAAACUUUAAUGUCCACAAAAACUCUAUGUUUCAUUACCCUUCGAUUGAUGCCGCGGUCUGCCUCGACAUAAAUACCCGGCUACAGCCUCUCCUCUGACGUCCCACCACUGGUCGUUUCCCCCUCGUUUCUCCUGCCUGCCUGCCCUGCGGGCUUUUCUCUCUUCGUACAUACGUAUAUACUCCCUUUUGCCGCGAUGCUCUCUCCCUCCGUACUCGCUGCGCCCGUCGCAGUCGUGGCGCUCAUUGUACUAUACGCCCUCAAGCAGAAGAAGCGUGAUGGGCUUCCCUACCCGCCGGGCCCGAAGCCCCUGCCCUUGAUCGGGAACGCCCUUGAUCUCCCUCUCAAGAACGAGGCGCGCGUCUACAAUCAGUGGGCCAAGCAGUAUGGCGAUCUUGUUCAUGCAAACGUCCUCGGACGUCACCUAGUCUUCAUCAACUCCGCGCAGAUCGCCAACGACCUCUUCGAAAAGCGCUCUGUCAACUAUUCCGAUCGCAACGAGUUGCCCAUGAUCAACGACCUUAUGGGCUGGGACUGGAGCUUCGGCCACAUGCCCUACGGCGACCGGUGGAAGAAGCACCGCAAGAUGUUCGAGAAGCAGUUCAAGCCCGCGGUCGCUCCCACGUACUGGCCCAUUCAACGCAAGGAGGCGCACGCCCUCAUCCGCAACCUCCUCGACUCGCCCAACGAUCGCCAGGAGCACCUUCGCCAAAACGCAGCCAGUGUGAUCAUGAACGUCAUCUACGGCAUCCAGAUCGCACCCCAGAACGACCGGUACAUCGAUAUCGCCGAGGAAGCCCUGGACGGCAUGGCAAAAGCCGCAGCGCCUGGCGCGUUCCUCGUCGACAUCCUUCCCGCCCUGAAGCACGUCCCCGCGUGGAUGCCAGGCGCCGGGUUCCAGACCAAGGCCGCUGCGUGGAAGAGGGCCGUGCUCGAGAUGCGCGACGCGCCCUUCCGGCAUGUCAUCAACGCCCUCAGCCAGGGCAAAGCGUCCCCAUGCUUCGUCUCAAACCUCGUCAGCGACGUCGACAACAAACGCGGCGACGCCGACGACCAGCUCGAGACCAUCAAGGGCUGCGCCGGCCUCGCCUACGCCGCCGGCGCAGAGAGCGAAGUUUCUUCUCUCUCCUCGUUCUUCCUCGCCAUGGUUUUGCACCCCGACGUGCAGCGCAAGGCCCAAGCCGAGAUCGACACCGUCAUCGGCGCAGGCCGCCUGCCCGACUUCGAGGACCGCGCCUCGCUCCCGUACAUCAGCGCGAUCGUCAAGGAAGUCCUCCGCUGGAACCCCGUCGCGCCGCUCGGCCUGCCGCACAUGGUCACGAACGACGACACGUACAACGGCUACUUUAUCCCUGCAGGAACCACGGUCAUUGGAAACACCUGGACGAUUCUGCAUGACGAGCGGAACUACAACGAGCCCUUCCGCUUCUGGCCUGAGCGCUUCCUCACCAAGGACGGCAAGAGCCUCGACGAGAGCGUCCUCGACCCCGCCACCGCCGCGUUCGGCUACGGCAGACGCAUGUGCCCAGGACGCUUCAUGGCCGAUGCCCAGCUCUGGAUAUCCGUCGCUUGCAUCCUCUGCUCGUUCGAAAUUAAGCCCGAGGUCACCGAGUAUGGCGUACCCAAGAAGAUCGAGGCCGCUUUCGAGUCUGGCAUGAUCUGCCACCCCUCUCCCUACAACUGCCAGAUCAUCCCCCGCUCCGAGAAGCACGCCGCCGUCGUUAAGCAGACUGUUGACCUGACCGGGUGAAGGCACCAUGACCUGUCUCUUUUCUAUUCUUAUUAUUUAUCAGUCGUCACCCCCUUCGUGCACAUACCACAUGCACAAACCCUAUCUGUAUACCACCUCUUCGAUCUUUCGUUCUUGCCUUCGCC